CACUAGUCGGAGAUGAUUCCGUUCCAAUGGCGAUACAAUCUCGUCGAUUCGCUUCACGGGUGUGGGUAGAGUCCAGAGCAUUCUAACGAGAUAUCUGAAUGUUCUGGACGGGAAUAAAGACAGAUGACUGGCUCUGGAACUGUCUGUCACUCUCCUGAUACAUACAUGUGUCUUUUUGUUGAGCAUGAAAAAGAAAGACAUGGCAUUGCAUGGACACAUUGCAUUGCAACGGACAGCCUUGAGCAUCUCGAUGUCGUCCGUUACGGCUUCAUUGGAUUGGUCCUCAAAGUCGCAACGUGCUUUGCCAAGACCUUGAAACAGAGUGUAAAGCACCAUUCACGUUCACGCUAUCACACCGGCCGAGUCGUGCCAGUCACAUCCGGCACGGCACUCGAGACAGGCAAAAGAACCCCCAUGACUCCGAGGGCCAUCGGCAUCGUACUGUAGCUUACAAUCGACAUCGUGAGCUUCCUUCACAAGCACCGGAGCUUCUCCGUCAACCUUGUUCUUGUCAAGGCUGCCUGCAUGACCCCGUUGGCGAUGGCAAUACCCUGCAUCUCAUCAUGAUCCCUAAAAGCGAAAUUGAUGACAGGGUUUGAGUUACUCCCGAUCGCAGUAAAUAAUCGUCGUCUAGCCAGCAGUUCCGAACAUCGAGAACUUGCCUUAUAGUAGUGUGUGAUGGAGCAGUCAAUAGCCGUCUGGAUGAUGCAAUCUCCAUCGCACGCGCUUACGCAGCACCCACGUGCGAUUGAUACCCUCUCGAUGCCCGGAACCAGACUUACUCAUCGGAUCAGCGAGUGAAACUGGAGACGUAGUUUGAUUGAUCGUCGGAUUGCCGGGACUGGGCUUGGGCGGGAACGCUUAUCAGAACCCGCGAUCGUCUAUCAUUUUUCUAAUUUUUUGCCUUUCGAUGGUCCCGAUGAGAAGGAAGAUAGAUAUGUGGGGUUUUAGACUAACGUGCGUAGUAGGUAGGGGGGAUCUUGAUUGAUUCAUCGAAAGAUUAUCAGCCAAGUCAGCUCAGGUGUGGGAUGAGAAUCUGUUUGAUCUUCGUUACAGAGGAAUUAAUCAUCGAGAUGUGUUUUGAGUAGA